AUGGCGGCGGCACCGCUGUUCCAGGCUUUGCGCCUGGCCUACAAUGACGGCACUACAGAUGGCUUUUGGGGCGAGAAGACGUCCACUUUGAACUUUUGCGAAGAGGACUAUGUCGUGUCGUACUACUGCGCCGAAGUUUGCAAUACGUUUACGAACCUUCUCUUCAUGUGGCUGGGCUUGAAGGGAAUCCACAACUGUAUAUCACAAGACCACCCACGCAUAUUUCUUAUAGCUUACAUGGGCUAUAUCACCGUCGGACUUGGUUCAACUGCCUUCCACACCUCACUCAAGUGUACGGCGUCUUCCACCCUGCUCCUCAUUCUCUACUCAGCCCCCUCUUGUUACUGCUCGCCCCGUGCUCACACAUCGCCAACCCUGCACUGA